GUUUUAGCUCUGCACGGGUAGGGUUUAAAGCCCUCUUCUAUUUAACAUUUUUCGUCCGGCUUCUUCCGUCAGUCUUCCGACUACGACCGGCGGAGGCGUUCACGGCCGCGGACUUUUCUUUUCAUGACCAAAUUCGUAGAAUCCAUUCUCGUCCCGUUAUGAAAGGCAUUGUUUCACCAACCCUUAUCUUCAAGCUCUCACACUCUGCCUUCUCUCACCUUCACCCAACCUAUCCCUGCUCUCAUCUCCUCCUCCUCCACUCAACCGCUGGCGACGAUGUCUAUAGGCGGCGGAGCGACGGAAGUUCCGCACUUUCCUCAUCUUCUCCUUCUUCUUUCAGCUCGUCAUCUUUGUCACGGAGGAACUACGAUGACGAGAAUAGGAAUGUGAAGAUCACGGUUUGGUGGGAUUUCGAGAACUGCAGCAUUCCUGUAGGCGUGAACGUUCACCGUGUGUCCAAUCGGAUCACCUGGGCUAUUAGAUCAUGCGGCAUCAAGGGCCCGGUUACCAUCACAGCAUUCGGGGACGUGGCCCAGCUCUCGCGUGCAACUCAGGAAGCGCUCACCUCCACUGGCGUCUGUCUUUCCCAUGUUCCUUGUAGUGGGAAGAAUAGUUCUGACAGAUCUUUUAUGGCUGACAUUGUUUACUGGGUUUACCAGAACCCUCCUCCAGCACAUUUCUUCUUGAUAUCUGGUGAUAAGGACUUUGCUAACAUUCUUCAUAGGCUAAGGAUGAGCAACUACAAUAUUCUGCUUGCUAGCACAGAUACUGCUUCUGCAGUCCUCUGCAGUGCUGCAACUAUAAUGUGGCCCUGGAAUGGAUUGGUUAGGGGAGAAAAUGUUACUGUCAGGCAUUUUAACCAUCCACCUGAUGGGUUGUAUGGUUCUUGGUAUGGCCAUUACAAAGGUGUACUAGAUGAUCCCUUUGCGGAUACUGACCAUCCCACAACUUCACAACCUGAGGAAUCCAUGGAAUCAAUUUCUGAGUCCAAGCCUCGGCCAGUUCCAAGGGUAGUGGUGAAUGCGAUUCGUCAGAUAUUACAUUCAUAUCCAGAAGGUAUUAGUCUUACCGAGCUUCGUAGUGAGCUUAAAAGAAACAACAUAACUAUGGAUAAGGACUUCUUUGGUUACAAGAAGUUCUCUCUCUUUCUUGCAUCGUUGAACCUGUUGAAGUUCAUACCACCUCUGUCUGGUGAUCGACAUCCUCUGGUUGUUGGCACUCUCAAAAAAGGAGUAGAACAAACAGAUAUUAGGGCAAGGUCCACUAAAGAGGUUUAUACAAAUGGUAUUUACAAGGACAAUGGUUUUACAAGGAAGGGAGAUUUACUGAUGGAAAAGGCAAGUAUUUCAACUGAGCCUUCUUCAAGGCAUAAGGACAGCAAGUUAGAUGCUAAUUCAAGUGCUUCUAUUUUGUCUAAGGUAGAUGAUCCUUUGGUUGAUUUAGAAGCUCAUAAAGUUUCUUCAGUUCCUCAACCGAACAUUUUAGAUCCUUCUGAUAAUUCACUGCAAAGGGAUAGCAUUGAAGCUACAGAUGGGUUCCUUAAGAAGCUAUGGAAGACGCUGACUGGACAUCGAGUUGGUUCUGUUCACAAGAAAGAUGAUAAUAGUUUGGUAGUAGAUUCUUCAAGACAUGAGGACUCUAGUAAAAAUGCUCCAAGUAUGCGAAUUCCAGACAAUUCUAAGCAAAUAAAGCCAAAAGAUGAGGCUGUGGAUCUAAAUAAUCUUUUAUUUGAAAAAGAAAGUUCCGAGAUACAUUCAUUGGGUUCAGAGAAAUCAGUCGCAAAGGAUAAUGACACUUGGCCAUCUGAAAAGUCCGAUUAUGUACAUGAACAGAGGGUUGGUCUUUUUGGGAGGAUUGUGAGGUGGUCAAAAUUCUUGAUUUAUGGUGCCAAUGGGCAAGAUGACCAUUCUGACUCCAGUGAUAAGGUUCAUCAAAUUCAUGAGCUAUUCUCAAAAACUCACUUCUGGGAUGAACUAGAGUCAUUUUUAUUGGAUCCCAAGAGUUGUCACCUUAUCUUGAAAUCUAGAACCAGGGAGCAGUUGCUGCGAAGGCUACAGAAUGAAGGUCCCCCGUCUCUUAAAGAACUUGAUUAUAAGGAUCUUUGCCAUUUAGGUGAUAUUUUGCUUUGGGAGAAGAAAUGGUUGGAAGAAUCUGCUUCACAUAAAUUUCCUUUUAAGCUUGUUAUUACUCCAAAGAAGAAAUCUGUCACAUCCCAGCCAUUUCAUUCAAAUGGAUUAAGUUCACUUUUUCCUGGUAAAACUAAGUCCAACUUGCAGAAACAACAAGACCAAGAAAAGCAAGAGCAGAACUUAGUUUCUAUGGGAAUGUCUCAGAAUGGAACUUCACCUCCAUGUAAUUUUUCAGAACUAAGGUUUUGGUUCCAGAAAACCUUCGGUAGCACUGGAAACGUGGAACCUGAUGAGUUUCUAAAGCUUUUCGAGAACAAGUUUAAUACAAAACUUUUUAGUUCUUCUUACGGAUAUCCUAACAUUCAAAACCUCAUUGCGGCCUGCUCUACUGGUACAAAUAAUGCUUCAGGGAAGACGAGUGGACCUCCAAGCAGAGAUGAAAUACUAUCUGAUUGCCGCAAGUUGUUGAAGGAGCUUUUAGAGAAAAAUCCCACUGGUUUCAACAUUAGCAAUUUCCAACCUGAAUUUGUUCGGAAAUACAACUAUAUAUUGGAUUACCAGACCCUUGGCUACCCAAAGCUUCUGAAUUUGCUGCAGAUAAUGGCUUCCAUAAGAAUAGAAAACUCUUACAUUCGGCCUUCUGAGAUCCUCCAUUCUGAACCUAAGGAGCUCAAGGAAGAUUCAAAAGAUGAAGAUGAUAAAGGUAAAGAAGCUUUGAUGGAAAAUAGCCAGUUCGACGACUCUUCAUGGGAUGAGCUUGGGCCUUUAUCCAGUUAUCCCAGGAAUGAAAAUGGCAAGGAGUAUCGCCCAGUUUCUCUCUCUGAUGAUGAAUAUUCUGAUUCAGAAGAAGAAGACAUUCAUUUACGCUCAGAUAGAUCAGGAAACAGCCAACAAAGCCUGGAAGAUAGUUCUCUGCUACUAAAGAUUCUGGACUCGUGGGAUAGUAGCAAGGAAGGAAAGGAUCAAUUCAGAAGGGAAAGCGAUGGAAAGGAGAAACACAGAGAUAUUAAUGGCCUGGUAGAUUGCUCUAGAAAUACCUAUCAGAAGAAGCCUUCAAAUAUUGGUACAGGUAGUUUGCAGAAUUUGAAGUCGACGAAGAGCUCUUCUUUUGUGACGCAGGUUGCAGAUGAUAGGGAAUCAUUUGCAGAAAGAAUAUUGGGUGAGGUCAAGAAGGCUGGAGAUUUAAGGCUGAAGGGCUGAAAAUUGUGCAUUUUCACAUUUCCAUUUUUCUCAAUAGAUUUUCUAUUUGGAUUUAGGGUUUGUGAGCAAUACCAUGCUUUGAAUACCUUCUGAAUUGAGUGUGGAAACACAAAUUUAAUGUAGAGGGAAUUCAAUAAUGAAAUCUUAGCAAUAAUUUUCAA